CGACGCGCCUAGUUGUAGGAAUCAAAAGAUUUACUUGCUUUGAUUUUACGUAGUUGGUGUUUUGAAACCAAAAUGGAGGACCUUGAAAAAACGAAGGAAAAUAUUCAACCCUUACGUGGGGGUAGAAAUAUGGAGCAGCUAGAGAUUGCGCUUACCUCGGAAUCGCAACUAGCCGAAGAAAGAAGGGCACAUGAGCAGAGAAUCGAAACAUACGAAGGCAAUGAUCCGCUGCAACCGUGGUAUGAAUAUAUCUGUUGGAUAGAACAAACUGCUCUCAGCAAUGGAAACUCAUCGGCCAACAGUGAGAUUCUUCUGCGUUGCAUUGCUAAAUUUGAAAAUGACGAGCGUUACCAUCAGGACCAUCGGUUUAUCAAACUUUGCAUGAAAUAUAUCGAUACCCAGCGUUCCCCACAGGAGCUGUAUCAGGAACUUUACGACCGUGGCAUUGGAACUCUGUGCGCCGAAUUGUACGUAGGCUGGGCUUACUAUUAUGAUGCAGAAGAUAAUUUUGCCCAAACGGAGUCGAUUUUCAGAAAAGCGUUAGACGCUGGCGCUACUCCCAAGGAAGACAUUGAGCAGGCGCACAGACAGUUUGGAUUUUCAAUGUCUCAGCGAUUGCUGCAUAAGGAUGAAUCUUCAAAGAUUAAAUUUCAAUCUACUUUAGCCGAACGCAGAACCGCUCUAACUUCACUUAAGGCACACCAAAGGAAGCAUGUGGGCAGCGUUAGGACAGGACUUGCUAUAAAAAGCUAUAAUCCCGGAAUUGUAAAUCAGGAGAACGUCCCUAAUGGUUCAAUGAAUGUCAACGGUUUACCUGUGUACACUGGAGCUACGGAUUCUUCCAAUGGAAAUCAAUCGAUUGUUCGUUCUUUGGUGAAUGCUAGCCGAGAUCGGGAAAAUGUUCGUGAGCCAGGCCCUUGGUCCAAUGCAAAAGGACACCACAAACGAGGACCCUUGUUUGGAACGUCACAUGGGCCAUCAUUCAAAAUAUCCGAGGAUAUUGUUGAGUAUCAACCGAUUCCACUGUUGAUCGAUAAUCUGAGCCAUGGCAUUCAGCUGACACAAAAGCACAAACGUGAAAAUUACCCGCAAAAGGCAUUCGAACUUGCUGUUUGCGAUGACGAUAAACCGUCGGGAUUUCCAAUGUACGAUAAACUUUCUCUCUAUUGCCUUGGAUCGAAGGAAGAUUUCUGCCCAGAAGAAUUGCAUGGCUAUCGGUACUUCAAGCGCCGUGGAAUCGUCAACAAAAUGACGGAACGCUACGAUCCCAUUUGGGCCAACGGGGCAAAAGCAGGAAUCCGACUGCAUCCGUAUCAUGUAUGGGAGUUUAAGUUUAAACCGGGUGAUGAUCUAAAUACGGAAAAGCCAGUUAUCGAUGAAACGAGCAUCCGAGGAAUUCAAACCAAGGUAAACGAAUUUUACUCGGGCGAGGAGGAAAUAUCCCUUGAAGAGAUACAGCUACAAAAAUGGAAGGACGGGAAGAUCAAGCGUUACAUCGAUCAUAAGCAUGACGACGAUAUGUUGCGAAUAGAUAUGGAUGAAACGAUCGUCCAAACGAAGCGUGUAUCGAUUGCUCCACCAAGAUUCAGCAUGGCGCCAAUGCAAGCUGGUCCUAGUAGGAAAUCAGUAUUACCUUCCAAAGCGAAUAUGAUUAAAAUCAGCGAGGAAGAAACAGACGAAUCGACAAUUGUGGAGAAGAAUGCACCCACUGAUGAUGAUAAAGAUGAAAUAAAAUACACCGGUGCUAUUAAGAAAUCGGACAUUUACAAGAGACGUUCUUAUGAUUCACCAGACAUUAAAUCUGCACCACAGAAAAAGUUGUCGCUGGAAGAUUUAGAGCCGGAAACGGUAAAAAAUGAAUCCAUGGAAGAUGAAGCAACGGCUUUUGCAGUGCCUUCUGCGAAACCCAAAUCCAAACUUACGAUACCGAUCUUUUUGGAUGAAGAAGAACCAACUGAUAACAAAGACGCUAACAGCUAUUAUCCCAACGAGUCAUGCUCCACGCAAAUGUUCAACAUGUUCGUUAAAAGUCAAAGUACUCCGCUCGCACUGAAAAACUCCGGUGCUAUACGAAAGUCCGACGUACGAGGUCAGAAUCUCUGCUUGGACGAUCAGGAAGAGCAGGAUGAAAAUUUUGCUCAAAUGCAGCCUGUUAAAAUCAACGAUGAAAAUGCUGAGCCUGAAUCAAUUACACCAUGCGCCUCGAACUCUACCCAUGCACCGAAGCAAUUGUCAACAAUUAUGGAGCGUACAGAAAAUAGUACCAUUUCCGGUACCGGCAGUACAAAAUCCUCCGUUUCAUCUCCUCCCUUAGGAGACAUUAUCUCACCCCUGCCAGCAGUAUUAGAUGAUGAACGAUCUGUCAUAAUUCAACACAUGAAACAAGCCGCUAAGAAUCUCUCCAUUAUGCUUAUGGAAACAGCUUCGAGAAGUAAAACAGAAGAAGAUAUGGUAUUCAAGGUUCCGGAAUCGAUAACCAAUCCGACGACAACUAAAUCCUCCGACACUCCAUUCACCGUUCUCGAAGAAGAGCAGGGAGCUUUAGCAAAACCCGUCGCAGUUAGCCCCUUCGUUAUUCACAUUGAUAGUACUGAAACGAUGGCUAACGUACCUUUGGUUUCGAAAGUCGAUUUGCCACCAAAAAUUCCAGACGAUAAGGAGAAUAAACUAUUGUUGGACGCCGAAACAAACCAGAACACACUCUUUCAGUUACAGGAAGAAGGCACGGUUACCGGAACAGGCAACUUGCUCCGUAAAAACAUCUCCCAUCUUCCUCAGCGUGAACCGGGCGUGAAUUCUAUAAUGUCUUUCAAAAUGACCACUGAACGAACCAAUACGGUGCCACUUUUUUUGGUAAAACAGCCUGAAGCCCCACCAAAGCUCCCGGCCACGACAGCCAAAGCCGACGAUUCUUUGUUCGAACUACUUGCUAGAACUCCAUCCCCGAAGAGACCCAUAACUAAAACCUCAAAGAGUCCAUCGAAAAAUGUUGAUGAAAAGCCAUCACAACGUAAGAAUUCUUCGUUCUUCGAUUUGGCAGACUUUCAAAAAACACCUGAACCGAAAAUACCGCUCAAAAACGCAUCUACGAAACAACAACCGGCCAUCAGGCUGGAAACAUCAACCCAACCACCCAAGCCGAUUAUUAUUCAAAGCGUCAUGGGAGCGAUCAAUCUAGCCGAUUUCCCAUCGCCACCGAAACGAACAUCUACUGAAGAUUUGAACACGGAAAUCUUCUCCCUUCAUAUGAACAACAUCAAAAAUUCCACCUUACUUCCGGAUCAGUUCACAGAAUGCAUGCCAUCGGAGAAAACGGAAACUGAAAUAAGCCCUGGAGUGAAGAAACCGCUGCUUAGUAUCGAUUUUGACAUCAGCUACAAUGAAAUGGAGAUAAAAAAAAUGAAUCUGGACGAUAAGAAGAUUGAUGCUGAUGGAUUCACGGUACCAGCUCCGGUGUUCAAAUCACCACCCAUUAUUGAAUUGGAUGACGGCGAUAGCGAUGACCUAGGUAAGAGUAUCUAUGUGCAGAAGCAAGCGAAGCCUGUCCAAACGGUCCAGAGAUGGGACGAAAUUGACGAGCAUUUUAACCCAGCCAACAAUCGGUACAUGAAAAAAGAGGUUGAUCUAGAUGGAACGGUGCAGUUCAUCUACCAGCAGACUCAAGCCUGUGAGGUUGACCCUUUUGAUCCAAAGCUGCAGGUUGCGUUUUUGGAACAGCUAGACUUUAUGAGCUACAUCGAGGAACAGCCGACAUGUUCGCUGGUGAACAAAGUUCAACCGCUAUCAAGGAGUAUGACCGUGGACAUUCGUGGAACUAAGUUCAUGAUACACAAGAAGAUCGGCGAAGGCACAUACGGCACAGUCUACAGCGCCAAGAAUCUCACCUCUAAUAAAAUAGUAGCAAUGAAGCAAGAACGACCUGCUAAUUUGUGGGAAUAUUAUGUGUGUCUGGAACUGAGGAGUCGUAUAAUCAAUGAAGAUAUUUUACCAGGGCUGAUGAGCGUGGACUACGCAAUCGUGGGGAACAAUGCCAGCAUUCUAGUGUCACCAUUCUCGCGGUACGGCAAUAUUCUGGAUGUUUGUAACGUGGUAAAACGGGUGACCAACAAAAAUGUUGACGAGUUUAUCGCGAUGGUCAUCACCAGCCAGAUACUUUCGAUCAUAGACCACCUGCACAGCUGUAUGAUCAUCCACGCUGAUAUCAAACCUGACAAUUUUCUGCUAAUGUCUCCUAUUGAUUUAGAUGCAACGAUACCGUGUGUGCAGUUGAUUGAUUUCGGUGUUUCUAUUGAUCUCAAACUCUUCCCAAAAGAAACAACGUUUAAAAAGGUUGUAACGACGGAAUGUUUCACCUGCAUUGAAAUGCUCGAGAAGAGGCCGUGGACUUAUCAGCCUGAUUUGUACGGUGUUGCUGGAACAACACAUGUCAUGCUAUUCGGAAUGUACAUGGAAGUUCAGAAGGAUAUUGUCAACUGGAACAUCAAAGCACGAAUGCCACGGUAUUUCCGGAAAUCUGUCUGGGACAACUACUUCUCGUCAAUGUUGAAUAUUCGCGACUGUAACGAAAUGCCCAAUCUUCAAGCCUUAAGAAAUAAUCUACUGGUGGAGAUCGAAGAAAACAAAAAGUAUAUUCGUGACAAAGUGAGUGAAUUCAACCUAGCGAUACUGUCCGGGUGAGCAUGUAGUUGUGACCUCAAGGUGGGGUUUCAACUUUUAGUAGUAUAUUAUGUAUAGAAUGGGAAAGCAUUAUAUCCUAUCAAAAAUGGUUUCAUUGAUUGUAUGCUAGGACUUAAAAGAACCAGCCUUUCCAAUAAGUUUGAAUACCACAUGACGCAAAUGUCCAUACCCUUUAUUUAUAUGUUGAUUCAAAGUGGUUUUGAUAGACACACUCAACCAAAUGGGCCUACUGAAGUCCAGUAAUGUAUUGUAUUCUAUGUACCUUACCUUUACUACAGGUACUCGUAUAUUAGUCCCAUUUGGAAAAUCGUCAUAUUGAGAAAAUGACAAGUAAAGAUAUUUGUAUAAUUUGCUGUUUGCUACUGUAAGGUCGUCAUCCACCGGUCACUAUAUUAUUAUUGAGUCUACGAUAAUACUCGGAACACUGUUCACCGGAAAUCAAUUUCCCGUUCGACCACUUAUAAUAAUUAACCGGAAAUCAUAAUUUUGCGGGUUUGAAAAAAUACCGGUUUGUUAGUGGUAGUAACACGGUGCACGUAUGUCACAUAGAAAUACUUAAUCAACAGUCUUGCACAUUUAUAAAACCAACCCUGAACCGUGUUUGUCAUGAAAAUUUAAAAAUAAGAUCAAUAUGAAUCAAUACGUACCCAGUGCCACAUUGGCAAAGCUCAAAAUACAUUAAAUAGAUACACCGAAAAUAGUUUUCAUGUAGCUUCCAUUGGAAACGCAAAUGAUUUUCAUCCAUAAACAAAAUUAAUGGAAUUCAUCUGAAUUUCACAUAACAUUUAUGCGAUCACGUUAAUUUUAUAUGAUUUUUCAUAUGAAUUUCAUCGGCCUCAUAAUAUUCAUGUGAUUUUGUGGUGGGAUUUUUAGCUAUGUGAUCACAUGAAAGCUAUGUGAAAUUCACAUGGUUUUCAUCCA